AUGACACUAGUAGUUAUUGUUUGUCAUUUUAAUUUGGUACAUGGGAAACCAGGAGAAGAUGGUGAUGAUGUAAAUAAGACCAUUGCAGCCAGUUUGAAACCUUCUGAAACAAACUCAACAGGAGAUUGCACAGGGACAAACUGUACAAAAGACAACUCAGAUGGCAGUUUGUUACAUAUGUUCAACAACAAACCAAUGUUGAUGAGAGCCUUUUAUGUUCUUUUAGCAGUAACAUCAAUAGUGAUAGUCUAUUUUGUUGUUAGGGCUUGGAGAAUAAGAAGGAAAAGGAGUAAAUCGAGAAAAUAUGGAUUGAUUACAGCAAGAGGAACUGAUAUGGAGAUGGCGCCACUGGACCAGGAUGAUGAUGAUGACGAAGAUAUGACAGUGUAUGAAAUGAAUAGUCGGAAGAAAUAA